AGGACGCUGAUAAGCGCAGAACCUGCCACUGAUAACAGCUGAGUUUUUGUAUUUUUUCCGGCAUUUAACUUUUUGAUAAACUUUUGUUCAAUUUCUGUGUGAACCUCAUCGCUUCCCCAUAUGCCAGAAUGACAACCGCAAGCCUCAGCGACGAACAUCACCAGGAUCUGCCGGCGUACGUGGUCAAAAUGCUGCUCAAGAACCGCAUCGGGACCGUUUACGACUUUGUCCGUGCGGACACGGACCGUCUGCUGCGCAUCACGAAUCUAUCGUUUGAGGUGCUGUCCGCGAUCAAGCGGGACUUUAUGACGAGAUUUUCCGGGACAACGGUACGGGUUGGGGAGUACUUUCAGUAUUUGGGCGAGUUGAUUGAUCCGAUUCCGACGGGGGUUCGCGGGUUGGAUGCGCUUCUUCGUGGGGGGCUGCUGCCGGGGCACGUUUUGGAGGUGUUUGGGGAGCCGGCCUGUGGGAAGAGUCAGCUAUGCAUGACGAUUGCGGCCAAUGUUGCCUCGCGUGGGGGCGCUGAUCCGGUGGAUGUUUUCUACGUGGACACAAAGUGCGACUUUUCGGCGUCGAGGGUUCAGAGCAUGCUGCUGGCUGGGAAGUGUUCCGAGGAGGACGCGAGAGAGGCCAUGCAGCGGAUCAAGGUGGAACGGAUUCAUUCGCCGGAGCAUUUGCUUGGGACGGUGGAGGAAUUACUCGCGCAGAUCGAUCAGGAGGAACGUUUCGGUAGGUUUAGGGUGCUGCUGGUCAAUUCACUUCCGGCGCUUUGGUACGCCCACCAUAACUCGAGCAGCAGCUGCUAUCCGGUUGGGAUGUUGACCAGUUUGGCCGGAUUGUUGCGCAAGUUGGCGUCGGAGAAUAUGAUCGCAGUUGUGGUGGUCAAUCUGCGCAUCGUUUCGACAGACUCUGGCCAACAGCGGGUGACCCAGCCGGCGUUGGGACGAUACUGGGAGAUGGUUCCGACGACGCGGCUCCUGAUGAGUAGGCUGGAUUCCGGCGACAAAGGACAGAACCGGCUGAUAAGCAUUUUCAAGUGCAACUAUUUAAAGACUGACGACCGGCAGAUGGUCACCUUGAGCGAACGGGGAGUUGUUUAAAGUUAAAUUUAGUAUUAAAAUAAGAUCGUUUUAAG